CAGACAUGGAGUGGUAGAUAGAGAGACGGUGAUACUUACUCUGUCACAUUGCCUACCGGUGUUUUAUUCGUGCGUGUUGGUGCUCUGUUGAUUGAUUGCAAUGGUCGAUUGACGGUUUUUUCUGUCGUGUGCAGUGGGUGCAGUGCACGGCACGGACAGACAUGUAGUCGACCGAGUGUUUUCAUGUACAUGUCUGUGUACGUACAAGCACGAGUCUCGAUCAACGCAGAAGCGACCCUAAGACCACUCAGUGAUUGAUUGAUCGAUUGAUUCAUUCCUCGCUUCACUGCUGCGCGCGACGUCAGCUGAUGAGCCUCCCCAUCAUGAGCACCCGGCAGGCUGGUCUUGUCAUGCUCUCACUCUCACUUUAUCUGCUGCUGCUGCUGCCGGUCGACGGCGACCUCUUCUCCGAAAGAGACAUGGUACACAAACCAGAGACACGUGCAGGCACAUACAUACAGGCUGUCUUAACUUGUGCGUAUUCGCGCGUGUGUCAGGCCGAGAAGACUGUGUGCAGCACAUUGCACCACGGUGGCGACUCUGGCAAGACGACAACUGCGGUGGGUGACAUCGUCAAGAUUCGCCUCAAAACCUCAGCUGCUGACAUGUUCUCCACUUACAACGACCACGGUAUGUCUGCCACCCACACACAAACACAGCCAGCAGCAGCCCGCGCAAAAGGCCUCCAUGCAUUCCUCUCUCUCUCUCUUCUCUGUGUUUGUGUGUGCAGGCGAGUCAGUGCAGGAGAGGGUGAAGGUCGGUCAGCACAACGUGACGCCGCUCAACAAGUGCCUGAUGGGCAUGUCAGUUGGGGAGACGCGACGAGCCAGCAUCCCUCUCACACAAGGCUUCGACAUCACAUACACGGUUAGCCAACCAGCCGGCCAGCCGCCACACAGACGGAGGGAGGGAGGGGGAGAGGUGUGUGUGCAUGUAUGUCUCUGUCUGUUGUUGUGCGCAGGUGACGUUGCUGAGUGUGGAGUCGAAGGCGAAGGGACACGAAACAGAGCUGUGAUCGAUGGCAUCCACCCACGGCGACAUCCAUACAACAAGACUCUGUGUGUGUAUG